GCAGCCGAUUGGCUUAGUUUCUGCUCUGCCUUGUUCCGGGAACCAAUUACUCCUCCCAGUCAACAUGGGGCUGUUUUACCAUCUAUGUUUACUAAUACACACGUUAUAAGCCGGUAAACGGGAGUCAUGGAUAAUGAAAAUAACCGCCCUGGAGAAGAAGAUGUGGACAUUUUGGAGCAUCAUGUUGAUGAGGACAUGGAAAAGAUUGAAAUUACUGCUCGACGUCCAUUUCUGCGGACUCUGGCAUUGCCAGAAUUAGGGGGCAACACCCAGUCCGCACACAGGCUGCUGGCAUACAGUGAUGCUAUAUUGUCCAUCGUAGCCACGAUUAUGAUUUUGCCUAUAGCACAUACAGAGAUACGUCCAGACCAGGAGCUACAAGAAAGUCUACAUCAGCAACUUGCAAGAAAAAUUGCUGUGUACUUGAUGAGCUUUUUAAUCGUAACUGUGGCCUGGGCAGCACAUGUCAGGUUGUUUCAAGUGAUUGACCAUUUGGAUGAUACUGUUUCCCUUCUUAACUUGGCAUGCAUGAUGACCAUAACAUUUUUACCAUAUACGUUUUCCUUGAUGGCGUCUUUUCCGGAAAUGCCAUUUGGCAUUUUGUUCUUCUGUGUGUGUGUCAUUGCUAUUGGCCUUAUACAGGCAUUAAUGGUACUCUAUGGGUUCAACAAUCCAUAUCUUUUGAAUCAUCAAAUACAGAUGUCUGAGAACCAGUUGUUCUACAGAGAGCAUAUUUUAAAGAUUAUAGCUCGAGGGCCAAUUAUGUGCUUUUUCGCAGGACUACUUGCAUUUCUGUCUGUACCACUGGCCUAUACUGUACUUGUACUGGUUAUCUUUCUUCCACAUCUUCUAAAGUUAAUAAAGUGGGUGAAGGAAAGAAGUAGAGGUUCUGUGGAAGAACAACCUCGGAGUUUAGACCUCUUCAGCUUUCACCUCAAUGAACCACUUAGUAAGGAGCGAUUGGAGGGCUUUAGUGAUGGUGUCUAUGCCAUUGUGGCUACACUGCUUAUCUUGGAUAUUUGUGAAAACAGUGUUCCUGACCCCACCAAAGUCAAAGAGAAAACUAAUAAUAGCCUUCUAGAAGCUUUGUCUGAGUUCGGUCCAGCAUUCCUAGCAUAUUUUGGAUCAUUUGUGACUGUUGGUCUCCUCUGGUUUGUCCACCAUUCUCUCUUCCUGUGUGUUACCAAAUCUACCCGUCUGAUGGGACUUCUGAAUACAUUUUCCCUGGCUUUUGUUGGUGGUCUUCCUUUAGCUUAUCAGCUGACUAGUGAAUUUAAUGUUAAGUCCAGAAAUGAGCUGAAAGCCAUUCAGGUCAGCUGCUUUAUUAUUUUUUUUGCUAGCAUCUUCCAGUUUGCCAUCUGGACUGCGGCACUCUUUGAGGAGAGAGAAACUUUGCAUCCAUCUGUCAGAUAUGGUGGAAAAGAACAUGCGUUUAUGUUUGCAAAGCUUUCUCUGUAUCCAUGUGUAAGCCUUGUGACUUUCUUUUUAACUUGUUUUUUAAGCAAGUUCAGUGCAGCCUUUUUCCAUUUGAUGCAAAUUAUUGUACCCUUUGCUUUCUUGGCAUUGCGAAUACUUGUUGCUGUUACUAUGGUGAUCAUCCAGAAAAUAACAUGGCCAUCCAGGUCAGGAGAUGUAGUACUGCAAGAUGAACAAGAUGCCGAACUACCAUCACCCAGCUUAGCAGAUGACUAGCAUUUUAAAUAAAUAUUCAGACUGCAUCAAGGACCAUAUUUCUGCCUAGUCAGGCAUUCAUUAUAAGACGUGUGAUGCGUAACAUUCUGCUUUAAAUUUCAUUUAAUUUUAUCCAUCUGCUAAAUGUGAGCAGUAUUUCUUAUUGUUGCUGCCAGAGGUAAUAUUUUGUAGCUACUUUCUGCAUCAUGUUUUCAAACAGAACUGCAAUAUUAAGCCAUCUGCUCAAUAAAUAUUUAUAUUUUAUUAAA